GUAACCCACCAAUCGUCAAUGAUUGAUCGGUUUAAUAAUGGAUAAAUAGCUGGAUUUUGUCAAAGUUGGAUCGAAAUGGAUCCCUUUUGGUGUACAUACUGCCGCCAUGUUCGUGACUUCGUGGAUGAUCGGCAAUGUCCGGAGCUCGUAACCCGGGGCCUGGGGUUCACUGUUUAACGUCCGUCGUGUUGGAAUAUCGUCGAUAUCAGCUUAACAUACCUACAAUCCGCCAUUACUGUUUAUCGAGGGAUUCGCCAUUGAACAAUUCAUGGAGUUGUUGAUAAUAAGACCGACGAUACGGUGGCCAUUAGCUAAAAAUUGUAUGUAUUGAGCCGAUGAUGGAAUCAGUGAAGGCACAAUCAAUGCCAAUUACUGAAACAAAACAACUGUGCACGACACCCGAGGAAAAUGGACUCGAGGAGAUAUCCACGCAACUGGAGAAUGAACUCCUGUAUGGUGGUGGUGAUGAUGGUGAGACCCUCUCUGAUGAUGCACUGUCGGAAGACAGUUAUCGUUUGAGGGUUUCCGAUGAUGAUAAUGUUGAAGACAAGAUCGAGACUUCCAAAACCGUGAAAAAUAAUGGAGACAGUGUAGACAAGACUGAACUGACGGAAUCAACUCCGGACGUUCUCGAAACUAACGGUAAAUUGCAACUAGAUAUUAUAAAUGGGGAUAAAGGUGAUAUGCGCGAAAAAAAUGCCGAGGAUUUCACCGACGACUUUCAUGUAGAUCAAGAUAAUUUUAGCAAAGACGAAUUUGAUGUCAGUCUGGACAAAUAUUCUGACUCGAAGACUGGAAAAUAUUCGGAAUCGUCCACGAGCCAGACGAAAAAAAUAAUUUCAGUUAAAUCUCUGGAUGAACUCAGCGAUAUCAGUUCUGACAGUGAUAACCAGGAUUACGAUGAGCCCAAGCAUAAUGAUAAAGUUGAAGAACUAGAAACUCCUAGAAUCACUCCAGUUCUGAAAGACUCGGAAUCCGAUAGUCUCGAGCUAGAUUUAAACGAUAAAACCGAUGAUAAUGUAAAUGAAACAAUUGACUCUGAAACCGUCCCUGCGCCCCCGAAUGCCGAAAGCAAUUGCGCAAUACCUGAGGAUAACAUUGAAGAUGAUGAUAAUGAUAUAUUGAUGAAUGAAGAAGUGGAAAAAAAUUCGAAAUCAGAAUCUACUGAGAAAGAUAUUCGUCAGAUUGACAAUUCGGAUGCUGGGCCCCUGCCUGAUGAAUCAGGUGGGACUGCCAGCAAAUCUCAACCCCCAGUGGACCCAGAAGAACCGAAAAACAAAUCCCGUGGUCAUGAUAUUGCUCCAGAUAAGGAGAAAAAUAAAACUGGAGCGAUCCCUGCAUCGUCUGAAUGUAGGAACACAGUUUCUGGCACUGACAUCAAAACCGCUCAGAGUUCUAGUAAAAAAAAUGAUGAUCAAACCGGAAGUAAACGACGGUUGAGCUCCUCCGAGACCGACAACACUCCAAAAAAAAUAUCGUGCAUUGACACAGAAAAGCUACAGGCGACAGAGAAAUCGAAAACUUCUGAGAAGAGUCUUGAGGUGCCAGAAAAGUCAGGGGAGAAUGAAAAAAUUGAGGCUCACCAUGCCAUUCUGAAGUCUCUCCUUGCACCCUGCAAGAAGUCCAAGUCCACUGAUGAAAUCAUCGACAUUGAUGAUGACAAUACGAUCGAUUCAAUGAGCAGUGGAGUCUCCGUCAGUGUAAAUGAUAAUCCACCAGUUACAGAAAGCGUAACGGAAAAAGCAAAACCGAAUAGUGAAGUCAAAGAGACAAUCAGUGAAAAUCUCGAUGAUUCUAGAACUCGUAAAAAACGAAGACUUCGAGGUGAUUCACAGCUUAUGCCAGCUAAGGAUGUUAUAACAAGAGCUAAACGCGAGGCAGCGCAGAAGGCCGAAUUAACAGUCAGAAAGAACAUUGUAACGUUGAACAAUGAUUCUGACUCAGACUCUGAAGAUUCAAGCUCAAUGGUACCUUACACCCCGAAACAAAGAGCGACAUCACCAUCAUCACUCAAACGUAACAUGGAGAGUGAUGAGCGAGUGGAUCUAUCCAUUUCCAAGAAAUUAAAGACUGAUAAUGAAAAUGAUAAUGCUCAAACCAAUGCUAAUACCAAGGCAGAGGCCAAGAAAACGUUUAACAGUGUUCGCAAGUUCUUUUUGAGGGACAACAAGAAGAGGCUGAAGAAGCUGACGCAGGAGGAACUUGAGGAGCUCUUCAUUCAAAAAAUCGUCGAGACAAUAACAAUGAGAGAGGAGAUCGGCAGGCUUCGUGAGAAAGCGAAAAUAUCAGAGCGCAAUCAGGAAGCAACACGAUUGAAGUGCCAGCAGUUGUCGAAGCAGAUCAAUGAUUUUGAGAUGGUGUUGAAUCGUUUCAGUGCAGACAGACGUAACAGUAUCCUCCACACUCCAACACCGAUUAAGAUAAAUCGAUCUGUCGGACUGCAGGUCAACUUUUUGACAGACAUUGGAGUACAGAAUUUGAGGCAGUUGCAAGCAGCAGGAAAGGGGGUGCAUCCGAAGGUGACACCAAAGUCCACAAUUAAUGGGAUGACACCACCACAGGCUGAGGACAUCAAUGCCAGAAGAGGGAUAAAAAUUCGAUCACCAAGGAGGACAGAUGUGCCAGUAGUUGCCCCUGUGGGUGCACCUGUUCACACAGCCCUCCAGGCUCAGCCUCUCAUCUCCACGGUGACACCAUCAUCGAUUUCCCUGUCAAAACCUGUUGACACUCGUACAACAGCAAGCACUGGCCAGCCAAUUCACCACGUCGUCAUCAAUGGCGUUACAAAUUCAAUCACAAGAACGACUAAAGUUCUCACACCCAACAAGACCAAUCCAAAUGCUCUGAUCGAUCUUACUGGUGAAGAGGAGAAGAAGAACUCUCUACCACCACCUCUCACUGCCAUCAUCACAACCACUGCUGGUCCCAAUCAUGUUACCAAGGUACAGGGAAGAUAUCAGAGGGUAAUCAGUACCACUGGUAUCACUCUACCCCAGAAUGCCAUUAGAGUUGUUCAGCCUGCUGGCCAACCAACACCCACUGCCCUAGUGAAUAACAUGAGCAAUGUUGGUGGCGCCCCCAGGUUCGUCGUCAUGCAGCCAGGGAGGCAAAUUGUCGUUGCCAAUAACAAUAAUCAAAUCAGAGCCACUGCAGGAAAUACCAGGGCACCAAUAUCCAACAUAACGUAUACCUCUGUUCCCACCAUCAGCAAUGGCACCGUCAGGGUCGUGCCAACGUCGGGCACCACUGUUCAACUUUACAAGGUAACUCAUCCCGCACCUCUUCCAGACUCUGUCACCUACAAGCACGAUCCUUCCUUGAAGUUGCCACCACCAGCGCCUUCCCUCAAGAUAUCCAAAGUUCAACAUGGAAUUGUACUCUCUUGGAAUAUGCCACUGUCUGAAAAAUACGCGGAUAUUGCCAGUUAUCAGCUUUAUGCGUACCAGGAGAUUGCUGGAAUAGCUCCAAACUCCUCCAACUGGAAGAAAGUUGGUGAUGUCAGGGCUCUACCCCUUCCCAUGGCGUGCACACUGACUCAGUUCUCAGAAGGCAACAACUACUACUUCGCUGUGAGAGCAGUUGAUACACAUUCCAGAUAUGGACAGUACAGUCAGCCUGGCAACAUUUCCCUGUAAUUAAUAACAGUAAAAUAACGAUUGUUUGAGAUAAAAUAUUCUUGUUUUUACAUCUGGAGAAUUUGUUAUUUUUCAAGGUGAGAAUACCCUAGGUCUUGAUCAAUCGCCCUACAAUAGGCCUUUUGUAUUUUAGUUUUUGCGAAUGUAAAUCGGAUAUUUGAGAUUAAUCUGUGUUCAAAUCUAGACGUUUUAUCGUUUGUUUAAUCGUGCAGUUGAGCUUCAAUAAUUUCAUCAGAGAACUAUGUGAUAAAAAUCAAGAUUUCUUCAUUAUACUUAAUUCUUGAUAAGUCGUAAUUUAUUUGUCGGUAUAUGUUUUUAAGGUGCGUUCACCCGAGGGGAACGGGCAAGAAAUUGAAUUUUAAUUUAUAAUUUUUAGUGAAUUAAAUAUAAGUUGUUUGAUACAA